CGGACAGUCGCCCAGUGUCACUCAUCUGCCGCUCGUGCAGAUCGGACCCUACGCGGCAGUUUUUUUUUCUUUUCCUCUCCUGUCGGAAUAAGAGCUACCAGCACGCGCUGAAGGUAUGGAUCGGAGUGACGGAGGCGAGGAGCCCGACACAGGGCCUUAGCAUGGGGUGAAGGGGACUAUCCUCUGCUGACCUCAAUGCAGAUGACCAGUGAUGGCCACAGAAUCACCUCUACAUUUGUUGGAUGGCCUCAUAAACACAGGACAGCAACAGCAGGAACAGCAGCAGGAAUUCCUGAUCUCGGCGGAGACGAUUAUUCUCACAAUAUUUCUCUCCAUUGUUAUUAUAAUGACAGUGUUUGGCAAUCUGCUAGUCAUGGUGGCACUGUGCAAGGACAGACAUCUACGAAAGAAGAAGACAAACUACUUCAUUGUAUCUCUUGCGUUUGCUGACUUGCUGGUUGCGUUGUUGGUGAUGCCAUUCGCUGCUAUUGAGCUGACCACCGGCGAGUGGCGAUACGGAGAGAUUUUCUGCUUGGUGCGAACGUCUCUGGACGUCCUGUUGACUACAGCGUCCAUCCUGCACCUCUGCUGCAUUGCCCUUGACAGGUAUUAUGCUAUCUGCUGUCAGCCGCUGGUCUACAGACAUAAGAUGACCCCUAUCAGAGUGGCAGUGAUGCUCAGCGGCUGUUGGUUCAUCCCCAUAUUCAUCUCCUUUCUACCCAUAAUGCAAAGCUGGAACGCUAUCGGCAUCGAGGACAUUAUUGAGGAGAGGCGAGGCUUGGCUGGAAGCGCCAACGACACAAGUUGUGUGUUUCUGGUUAACCGGCCGUACGCCCUGAUCUGCUCCGCAGUGGCCUUUUAUGUCCCGUUGGCCCUCAUGGUACUGGCCUAUCAGCGCAUCUACGUCACCGCCAUGACUCAUGUGCGGCAGAUUGAGACACUACAGCGAGCCGGUUCUGCUCCUGUCAGUGGACCGACUCCGAUGAACACAGUGAAGUCCUCCACUUCCUCAGAUCCUACGGAUCACUACCGCCUCAGGACAACAAGGGCCCUGUCCCCCUCAGAGCAGGCACCCAUAGUGAAUAGCCGCAUGCGCGUUGAGACCAAGGCGGCAAAGACACUGGCGGUUAUAAUGGGUUGCUUCUGCCUAUGUUGGGCACCGUUCUUCAUCACCAACAUAGUGGACCCCUUCAUCCAUUACUCAGUGCCCUGGCAGCUAUGGACAGCCUGGCUGUGGCUUGGGUACAUUAACUCAGGGUUGAACCCCUUCCUGUACGCCUUUCUGAACCGGGCGUUUCGGAGAGCAUUUCUGGUGAUCCUCUGCUGUGGGGAUGAGCGCUACGCACGACAGGGGAGCUGCUCCUAUGGACAAGUCCACAGAGUGUGCUCUGCUGCAUCGGCCAAUGGAACGUCGAUUGCACUAAGAUUGUCGUUUCUGCCAAACCGGAGCUACAGUGACAAUGGGCGAACAAUACUGGCUAACGAGCAGUCCCAGGACUCUGUCGGAACUCUAUGAGCAAAAAGCCUCCAACUGUGACUUGUUUGUGAGGAGGUGGUCUCUCACGGAUAUGAACUCUAUGAUCAACAUCCGGAUUUUAAGACUUAUUUUUAAAAAAAUGUUGAUGCUGUCCGGGACUAGAGGCGCUGUUGCUGGGCAUCAGAAAAGUGCAGAUCUUACUUUUGGUGAAAUAUUGAAGCAUUUCGGUGCCCUGAACAAAAGGAACAGUUGAAGCUUCAAUGUGUCCAUGGAACAAAACACACUGCCAAUAUGUUCCCAUGUCCUCUAUCUAAAACCUAAAAGAACUGUUGAAAUCCUGGGAUUGGAAACAUGAAGGCAGCGGUCCAGAAAAACUACAGAGGACUACAAGCAAAGCUCUGGCUAACAAAACGGCUUUUUAACCUCUAUAAUAAUGGUCCUAGAGGUGUCUUUAGGUGUCUUUAGAUUACAGUUUAUUGUAAAGCAGUUUGUAUUCUUGUAUUUGAUCAGCAUCGACGGCACUCUGAAACUGCUGAAUGUAAUGUCAAACGUUUUUAUUUAUAUUAUUCGUUAUUCAUAUUCCACGCCGAAAUCAGAGAAUGUGAAAUCAGAAAUCAAUGACGUCCCAGUAGUUUGGGAUGAAAUACAGCAUCAUUGUUGACCCUUGUGAUAAUUUCAAGGCAUAUACAUGAUUGUUGCACUUACCUUUAUAGGUGGAAAGUCUUCAAGGUGUUGCAUCUCUGUCAGAGAUCAGUGAUGUGUUGGUUUGUAAGUGUGCCUCUACAUCACUGCAGCGGGUUGCAAAGCUUAGUUGCCAGUUUUAAAAUCACUCUUUCUGCUUGAAGCCAUAUUGACAUACAGUAUGAAGGAGUUUGUCAAGUUAUUAAAUUAUUAAGACUAGGUAUUACAGCACUGAAAUCAUACAGGAAAUACAACCUAACAUCAAAACAUUAGAAAAACAACGAUUAGAAAACAGUAAUCUCAUUUGAAAGAUGGCUGAAUUGGGUUCAAGCCAACGGGAUUUUAAAUGACUGUCACUCAAGUAAAUAAUUUAGCUUUAACUGAGUUUUAAAAUGAAUUCAGUGAUAUUUGACCACUAGGGGUCAAUAUUCACUCUCCUUUAGCUCUGAUCUGGCCUUGUUUUUUCCAGGGUUAGGAAAAAACAAUGGCCAGAAGCACUAAAUAGCUAUAACACAGUUUCAACCCUCCUCUGAGGUUUGAAGCUCAGUUUACAUCUCUGAAACGCGUCUGUCUCCCCCUGGCUGUCUAUCACAACUUGUUCAUUAGAUCCACACACAGAGGUGGGAUACAGCAGCAGCCUACACUCUCACAUUUUCAUUUCAAUUUCUAAAUGCAUCUCUGCCUCCAAACAACCAUAAACUCACCAUCUUUCCUUUUGAUUUUUAAUACACAACCUCAAAGCUUCAGAGAUGUUGAUGUGAACAAAAUGUCUUGUUACAAUGUGACAACUUUUAAUAGUCCACUGUGCCCUGUAUUUCAUCUUGGUUACUUUCAAUGGACAUGAUGAAUAAACAGAGAAUUUGACAAUAA